AUUUUCUUACACAUCCAUAAGUCAAAUUUAAUAGAAUCUUCCAUAUUGUAGGCAAUAUUCUCCAAUUUCUUUCAUUUACUAAGUGAAAGCCUAAAACCAAUUCUAUUAUAAUAGCUUAUUUAAAAAAAAAUUGAUUUAAUAAAUGAUUUAAAAAAGAAAAGAAGGCCGAAUUCCUUAAAACAGUGAAAUGUAAACAGUAGCUUUACAGAAAAAUCAGUACUUGAAAGGGGCAGUCAAAUCAAAUCCCAUCUGCACUCGAUUAUGUCUAAAAAAAAUUUGAAAUUGAAAUUGAAAUUGGGAAUUUCAUACCGUUGAUUUGCCUGCACACACACCAACAUGGAUGUGUGUGUGUGAUUCAAUCAAGAAAAAAGAAGAAAAAGGAAAGAAAAUUAAAAAAAGAAAAUCAGCAGCUCACUCUAAAAUUAAAAUCUGCGGUGUUUAUGCUUCGGUUGACGGUUGUGAAAGCCCAAACCAAAAACCAUGGCUAUAUCUUCAAAAAAUGAUUCUAAUCGAGACCCUCAUUCUUCUUCUUCUUCUUCUAAGUCCAAGCUUAAGCAGAAGAAUACAUGGGAGUUUAAAAAACAGCUGGUGGAGAAGAGGCUAAUCGAUCUCGACAAUAUGCACAAGAAUAAUGGUGUACCGAGGCAAUUUUGUGAUGAUCAUCUACCGAUGAAAGAUGUGACAAUAGUUUUGAUCGGUGAAAAUGAGAAAGAAUUCGAUACAAGGUACUUGGCUGCUAAAAGCGGGCUAAGUGGUGGAUGGAAAUUUUUCGCCGCUGGACACAAAUUGAUCGAGGGUGAUGCCGUCGUUUUUCAACUCAUUGAGCCGUGCAAGUUUAAGGUAUACAUUGUGAGAGAUAGAAGUUUAUCAGAAGCCGAUGGCGCUAUAAGCCUUCUAAAUCUAGAUUCUAAUCCCGACCAGAUUAAACCAUUGAAAGUCGAAGAGCCAGAAGAAAAUGCAGAUAUUAAAGAGACUACAACAACAACGAGUGAUAAAUAUCCGGACCCUCUUGUUGAAGAUAAUAAUCAUCCGAAGAAAAAGAAGAUGAAAAAAAUUAUUCGCAACACCGAGAAUUCCAAUGCGGAAAUGUCCGACAGAAUCAAAUUCUCCGAAUCGCCCCUCGAUUUCAAAAGCGUGAAGUGCUUUCAAGAUUUCAGCAUCCACUUCAACGGCCUAAUCCUCGACUCGGAGAUUCCUUCGCAUCUUAAAACAAAGUACUACGAGCUAUGCAAAAGUCAAAACACGUUUCUCCACGAAAACCUCCUCCAGGGGCUAAAUAGUAAAUUAGUCGCCGGAAUGAUCUCCGAGACGGUCAACAUAGCGGAUGCUGUGAGAGCGUGCAAAGCUAGCACGGCACACGAGCACUUGGAGAGUUGGGAUAGAACUUUGAAAGCUUUCGAGGAUUUAGGCAUGGCUGUGGGGCCCGUACGCGGUAGAAUAAACGAGCUUGUGAGUCUCUACAGCGAGCCUCGAACGAGGAUUAUCGAGUCGAUGAGGAAUCAGAGGGAUGAAGCUCAAGUAGUGAUCAGGGGUUUGAGUGAGAGGCUUUCGAUUGUGAGGAGUUGCGUCGAGAAAUUAGAUGCUGAUAUUGAUGCUCUCGAGGCGAAAAACGAGAGUUUAGGGCUUGUUUUUGAGGAAAUUGCUUCUGCUCCAUGGUAAAACUACUGAAAAAAUUGCAGAAACUUCUUUUUGCCAAAAAAUUUAGAAACAAAAGAAAAAAAUGAAGAAAGAAAAAGGUAAAAUGGAUGUAUAUAUUUUUGCACUUUGGUGUAUAGGCUUUUAUGUGUCUCUCUAUCUGUGUUUUUGGAAAAGUGUUGGGGUGGUUAUGUCAUUAAAAAUUGUUUGUCUAGGUUGAUAAUUAAAUCAAAAUAUACUCGAUUUGAAAUAUAUUUUUAAAAAACAAAUUACGGUAAUCUCUGAGAUAAGUUCAAAUUGCAAAAAAUAUAUUUUGUUUGGAUAAUUACUACUACCCAUCAAAUAUGUAUUGUCUUAUGAAAAAACCAUCAUUCAAUAGGAAAAUUUGACGUCGUAAUUCGUA